AUGCAUGAGCACCUGUUUCUUCCAAAAGAAAAUGUUUUUUUUGUCUCUCCCUCGUUUCUUAUUCCUCCUCCCUCCCCCCAUUUUUCUUAUUCCUCCUUGUCUCUUUCUCUUUUCUAUUCUAUUCCUCCUGUCCCCUCCCUCUUUUCUUAUCCUCCUCGUACCUCCCACCUUCCCUGUCCCUCUGCCUCGUGUCUGCUGCAACUGCAGGGGCGUUGGGGGCGUGCCCUCCACCCUUGCCUACGCCCUUACUCGAUAUUCCGUCUUUCCUCUCCUUCCGUCUUUCCACUCCUCACCCACUCGCAGCCUGGCUCUCUCGCCGGUCUGUCUCUCGGCCCGCUCACGCCUCUCCUCGUUCUCUUCCUCAAUGCAUUUGUAUGGGGCGUGCCCUCCGCCCUUGCCUACGCCCUGCUUCGACCCCCCUCCCCACAAUCCUUUGUCGGCAUUAGAGCUCUAGGAGAGAGUGAUCGAGACCUUGAGCUACAGGGGGAAAAAUCUUCAUGA